UUAAAGUUUUAGUGCAUGAAUCUUCAAGUUCCAUUUCAAUCUUGUGAUAUUUUGUAAACAACUUCAAAAUAUAACCUUACACAAAUAUAAAUUUACAUAGUCAUAGUUUCAUUACUUUUAAAGCAAUCUACUGGUUUAUGAACGUUUUAUGUAUUGAGCGAAUAUAAGAAUACCAGAAAGGUUUUUAAAUUUUCGGCGUUAAGACUUAUUUACCAUCAAAAUGGCAGAAGAAGUUGAAUUCCAGAUGAUACAAUUACUUAAUCUGGCUAUUGGUAGUCCUGAGGUUGGUGCUGUCAACUUCAACCUGCUCCAAAAGGUGCUCAUGGAACUUCUCAAACUGACGGACCUAGACUCGGCUACAAUCAAACUUAGUGCUUCAGACGCAGCUAAAAUUGGUGAAACAUCAGCUGCAAUUCCAGUAGCUGCAAUUCCAAUAGAAGAUGGAGCAAUAGUGAAUUCCAAUAGUGAAGAGGGAAGAACUACAAAGAAAUUUGGCUGUGGCUUGUCACCUGAGAAGGCAGAUGAGUUGUUGAUGGAUGUCAACCUUCUCAAGAUGGACAUUGAAGAUCUCAAGGCUAAGGUUGAGACUGUUGCUGGUGCUACUGAAACUGUCCCGUUUCAAGAGAUGAGAGCAAGUGUUUCUAAGAUCGAUGGUCUUGAAGAAAAGAUGUUGAAUAUCGAAGGAUUGGUGGAUCGUUUGAAAGACCUGGAUCUCGGGGACCAAGAUAUGCCGCUGGGCCAGAGGUUGGUGCAGAUGCAGAAGUUGGUAGACCUACAUGAUGAUCAGCUGACAAAGGUGAACAAUGUAUUGGACGAGAAGUUGGCCUACAUGACACGACAGAUCGAGGUCUUGGAUCGAGAGAUGGGUGAGAUCAACGAAAAAGUGAACAUGACGAGGCUGGGGACAAAGAACAGCUUGUUGACGCAGGAGUCAAAAUUUUCGAUCGGCGUUAUGCAGGAUCAAGCGGUCAGCAUAAACAACCUGAUCUCCAGUCUGAGCAGCGUCCAGCAUGACCUGGACAACCUGACACUUACCACAAAUACACUGAACGAGGACAGUGAAAGGAAGCAAAUGCUGAUAGACGUGCUGACAGAGCAGAUUGAGAUGUUGAAGCUAGCCAAAGCUGACAAAACCAACUUAGAGGACAGCCUGGCUGCCAAGGCCGACGUUAGUGUGGUUCACCGGAAAGUCUCUCACGACCACUUCCUGACGCAGAUCGGACAGUUAACCUCACUUGUGGAAGACGCAUUCAGCAGACUCGAGACUCACGAAGAAUCUUGGCAAGAAGAGGUGGACUUGUUGAGGACGGAUCUUCAAAAUAAACUUGACAAGAUGGAAUUUUCUCCUUUGAAAGAUUACGUGAAUGAGAAACUCAAAGUACUCCAGGACAAAAUGAAGGCUCUGGCUGCCCAGAAGAGAGAAGGACUGGCGGCUGGGUCCAAGAGGAGAGUUAUAAGAGACGUGCAGUGCAUCUCAUGUGACAACGAGUCAGUGAUGAAGCCAGAGAACACAUUCGAUGAGAUGACUCCACCUCCCCCCCUCCCCUCACAGCCUAGUGUCCGGCCCUACUUGGCGUACAAGCUGGACCAAGUGCGGAAGCAGCAGAAGAAAUUACCGACUGGCAGAAAUUUGUUGCAUUUUGAAGAAAUGCUCCAAAACCCUGCAGACCCUAGGCUCAGGACCCUAUCUAGAAGCGGAGAGCAUCUUGUCAACCGGUUUGUGGGAGGUAGUCACACGAUCACAACUCCUCAACAAAGAAUCACUCGCACAGGCAACUUCUUUGAAACUUGGGGGCCAGUCAUAACAGCUGUUGACACCUCUCAGCCAUUAAAUGUUUGAACAUCCAGCUCCACAUCAUAGUCUGAAUAUCAUGUGUCAAGAGAUUGUUUAACAAAUAAAAAUUAUACAAAGUUGCUG